AUGUCCGAAUCGGUCGUCGCCUGGCAAUCGUACAAUCCUGGAAAAUCCGGCGACUUGACCCGAUCAAAUGGGCUCCAAAAUUUCCAGGGAGACCCUGUACGAGGGCUGACCGUUUUACUAUCGCCACUCUGCCCUCGAGUUGCCGUACCUGACAUGGAUUCGGAUGCGCUGGGACGACAGCCCGUCCUCCGAUUACCUGGCGGCCGCCGCAUCUCCCGCCAAUCGUACGCCCAAGCCCUCCUCGACCAGACUCUUGUCCAAGCAUCAAUGUCGUCCCGCACGGCAAGAGGCGGCUCCCAGAGCAGAAGCUCGCCCUGCUCUCCUCUCAAAAAGACCAAGACCAGCCUGAAAGAUGCAGACUGGGCCGGCGUGACAGAUCCGGAAGAACGUCGACGGAUCCAGAACCGCAUUGCGCAGCGCAAAUUUCGCGAGAAAGCCAGAGAAGGCAAAGAAAAGGCAGAGCGUGACUCGCGGAAUCUGGAGCAUGCCGGUAACAGCUAUCGCAUCCCCAGCGGGCUCGACAUUGCGGGCGACGACACGCUCAACGGCCUGCCAUGGGGCAGCGUCAACCUGGGCCACGUCGUCUCCCGAGGCCACGAGGCCGAGAGCAAGCGCAGCAGCGGGCGCAACACGUACACGGGCGACGACAGCAGCAACCCGUCGAGCACCAACUACUCGCUCGCGCCGUACGGCCGGACCGUGCCGCAGCCCUUUGGCUACGGCGGUGCCGCCGAAGACCAGGGCAUGGACGAUUCGCCCUACCUGUACGGCAUUGGCUCGCCGCCCAUGCCCGCGUUUUUUACGCCAUGA